AUGGAUUGGGUUGCUCAAAGAUUAGGAUUGUACAAGUAUCAUCAUGAUAAGGCCAAUGUGGUGGUCGAUGCUCUUAGUGGUAGAGCAAUGACUGAUUUGAGAGCGAUGUUCACUCGUCUUAAUCUAUUCGAUGAUGGAGAUCUAUUAGCCGAGUUGCAAGUUGAGAAUAACAGUACUUUUAAUUUUGGACUGAAUAAGGAUGGAGUUUUGUAUUUUCGAGGUCAGAUGUAUCGGGAUCUCUGUGAACUGUACUGGUGGCUAGGUUUGAAACGUGAGGUUAUAGGUUUUGUUGCUCGUUGUUUGACGUGCCAGCAGGUUAAGGCUGAGCUCCAGUUACCUUCGGGUUUGCUCCAACUUGUUAAGAUUCCUUUAUGGAAAUGGGAACGAGUGACGAUAGACUUCGUUAGUGGGUUGCCUUUGAAACCCACUAAGAAGGAUUCUAUUUGGGUCAUCGUAGAUCGAUUAACCAAGGAUCCUUGCUCCAGUUCUUGGUUCUGGAAGAAACUAUAUAAGGCUCUGGGUUCGAGAUUAGACAACGAGGGUGAUUCAAUCUGA